UUAAAGACGGCCGGAGACCGCCGGCUCCCGUCGGAGCAGCAUGAAGCCGCCGCAGCGGCGGCGGGCGGCCCCCGCGCGCUAUCGGGGAGAGGUCACCGGCCCUACGCCCUGGAACCCUCGCGAGAAGCGGCAGCUGCUGCGACUACUGCAGGCCCGACGGGCCCAGCCGGAGCCCGACGCUGCCGAGCUAGCCCGGGAGCUGCCCAGCCGGACCGAGGCUGAGAUCCGGGACUUCCUCCAGCACCUUAAAGGCAGAGUGAUUCGGGAGACCAUCCGCAGGGAGUGUCCACAGGGGCCGAGGCGCCGAGAGGCACAGCCCCCAGCUCCCAUAGAGGUAUGGAUGGAUCUCGCUGAGAAGAUCACAGGCCCGCUGGAAGAAGCCCUGACAGCUGCUUUCUCUCAGGUGCUGACUAUCGCAGCUACAGAACCCCUCAGCCUCUUGCACUCCAAACCCCCAAAGCCUACAAAGGCCCGUGGAAAGCUGCUGCUCCUGAACUCCACCAGAGGGCAGGAUGACCUUAAACCUAGGGUUCCUGACCCCACCCCUGAGGCCUCUGGUCCCACCCCUGGAGCUCCUGGAACCCCUAGUCCCUCUGCUGAGGCCUCUGGCCCAGAUCCUGUGGCUUCCACUGAGGGAGACUUCACUGUGGACUUUGAAAAGAUCUACAAGUACCUCUCCUUCUCCUGCCGAAGUGGCCGAAGCCUUGAGCUGUCAGCAGCUGAGUCAGCUGUAGUCCUUGACCUUCUCUUAUCACUUCCCGAGGAGCUGUCCCGCCUGCCCUGCACAGCCCUGAUGCAGCACAUGGAGGAAACAUAUGCUCGGCUGACAGCCCCAGCCUCCCAGCCCAAUCCUAGUGAUGGUAUGACUGGGCCUGGGGUUCAUGAUGGUGAGACUGGCCUCAGCAGGCCUGACCAAGUCACCUCACAAGUUCCUGAACCCAAAGAACUGAAAUCAGCUUGGCAAGCUGCCGGGAUCUGCCCCCUGAACCCAUUCUUGGUGCCCCUGGAGCUCCUGGGCCAGGUGGCCACCACCCCUGCAAGGUGAGGGACAUGGAAGAUGGCAGGUAGCCCUGACCUCCCGGUGGCUGGCACUGGGUGAUCAUGAGGAUGGUGUGGAAGGCGGCUGAGAUGGGGCUGGGCCCUGAGCCAAGCCUUCACAUUCUCCAUCCAUUGGGGAACUCAAACACAACCUGAUUGUACAGGGGUUCCCCGGGGGUAGCCAGGAAGCUGGGUUUCUUGCACAAAGUUGCAGAAACACACACACAUACACUGAAUUUUGGACAGAUGAUGCAGUUGGCUUCAUUCUCUGUGUCUGGAGGGGGCAUAACUGGUACCCACACCAUAGUCCCCGACAUGCCCUCCUUUGUCUAAGCUUUCCAUUCCCAGGACUUAGCCAACUACUACUAUUUCACAGACCCCACUACUGGCUCCCCACUCUUCCUGCUGUGUCCUGUGACCUUGAAUAAAG